AUGACCGAUCCGAGUUAUUAUUCACUCAAAUUAUUUAAAGUUUGUGGUUUGCACCCAAACUCGCGAAAUAAACUCCUCAAUGUGUAUUUUGUCGUAAAUUCUUUUUUUUUCUUCGCGAUUUUGGUACUUGCGACAAUUGGCUUUGCGACAACUUACGAUAAUAAUAUUUUUGAGGCGAUUGAAAAUCUCCAAACUAUGUUUCUCUACAUUCAUGUGAGUGCCAAAUUUUUUGAACUUUAGCAAAUUUUUUUUUAGUUAUUGGGUAAAUAUGCGACGCUUUUUUUAAGAAAAAUGACACUAAGGGAGUUGCUAGAACGCCAAAAACGCUUCUGGCCCCUGGAAAACCUCGAACCACAAGUCCAAAAAAAAAUUGACGAAUUUUUGACCACCUCAAACAAAUUUAUACGAAAUUUUAUAAUUGUCACUUUUUUCGUCGUUUUGAAUUUUUUUCUACAACCUAUUAUUACUGGCGAUUUACCGGUGCGUGUGUACGUACCCAAUGGGUGGUUCCAUUACAUCAAUUUCGUUUUCUGGUACCUAUUUCCGGUCAUAAUUGGGAGCAUUUAUGGUUCCGACUCGAUUUUUUGCUCACUUUGUGUUUCUCUAAUCAUCCAGUUCCAAUUAUUGGCCCAUAAAUUCGAAACUAUUAAAUUGGAACGUCUCUCACCUCAACUAUUCCAAAAAAAACUGAAAAAACUAGUCGAUCAUCACAAUUUUCUAAUCAAUUAUUGCAACGACUUGAACAAAUAUAUUGAACCAAUUUUCCUCAAUCAAGUCAUCGUAGCCACGGCUGUAAUCUGCAUGCAGUUGUUUAUAGUGUCACAAAAGGAAUUUUUGUUACCAAACAAACUGAAAUGUUUGGGUUAUUGUUGUGGCGAAGUUAUCGAAACUGCGAUUUAUUGUUUCAAUGCUGAAAUGAUUUCAGUUUCGGCUGAAAAAAUCGGUGAUGCACUUUAUAACUCGCUCUGGUAUCAAACUACGGCUCCUGAAAUUCGAAAAACUGUCACUUUGAUUAUUAGCAAAACGCAAAAAAAGAUUGUUUUCAGCGGAUUUGGUUUGGUUGUAAUUAACCUGAAAACUUUCACACAGAUUUUCAAAACCGCUUUGUCGUUUUAUAGCUAUUUGAACACGAUGGUGUCUUUUGAAAAGUAAAUUUUUUUUCAGCACUCAAAAGAGUGUUGUAAUAACCAUUUUAGCAUCUGAC